UAUAUAAUACAAUGUACAUGAUAUGCCAAAGUAUAUAAAGGCUCGAUCCGGGGUUGAAAUAUCUUGAAGCCACAGACUUACGAUCUACCAUGGCGGACUUGGCUCUCUACGAGGAAUAUCUUGACCUGCCGAUUGAUGCUCCGGCCAACCUUCAUGGAUUUGCCUUGGAUAUAGGUGCCAGCCUGACCAAGCUUGUGUACGUUGAGGAUGCACCCGAAAAGCAGCACAGCUCUGACGGACGUAACAACAGCGUCCGGCUGCGACUAAUGACAUUCACAAACGACAAACUAAAAGUGGUCUUGGAGAUCAUCAAGCAGAAAGUCCUCCCAGAGGAUCGAGGAAGCUCACCAAUGGUUGUCAUUGGCUAUGGUCAUGGCGUUCAAAGAGCCCGUGAUCUCAUCAACACUACUCUGGGAUUAACUAUCGACUACACUGAUGAAUUCACCUCAUUUGGUGUUGGUUUCCAUCACCUGUUCAAGCAUAUACCUCUGGAGGAGUUGUUGCAUCCUGAGGAGGGGGCCAUCCCGAAAGACCACAUUGCUGAAGAGGACAGGUACCCGCUCGUUCUCAACUUCCUCGGAUCAGCUAUUAUAUACCUUUCGAUCGUGGAAAGCCCUGAUGGGAAGCCGAAGAUAUCAAUAGCCGGUACUUUGUCGAGAGGAGGGCUCUACUUCCUAUGCAUGAGUAAGAUGUUACUAGGAACACAGAAUUUUAAGGAGAUCAUGUCCCUCGUGGAGCGAGGAGACCCCACCAAUGUCAACCUGACCAUAAAAGACAGAAAUGGGACCGAAAUAACUGAACACCCGUUCGGAAAGAUAUGGAACGAAGGCAUCGAAUCGCCAAAGCGAGAAGACGUAGCCGCCGCCUUGUUUGAGAACACUUGCGAUGACAUCCGCCUCGUGGCCAGUACCGCCCUAAACGGAGCCAAAGCAAAGAGCAUUUACUUCGUGGGCUCGUUCGCUAAGGAUAACAAGAAGUUUAGGGAGAUCAUGAAGACUUUGCCCGAGUUGGAAGUUCAGCAUGGUCGCGCACCUGUCAAGGUUGGCUUCCCGAGAUAUGAAGGUUACAUUGGAGCUAUUGGCGCAUUCAUCAUAGGCGUGGAGAAGCUGUCCGACCCCGACGCCAAAUUGAUGAGGUUGAAUAUCGACAGGUCGCAGAUCGGACGUGUGAUGGCCGAGGCUGGACUCUCCCCCCAGGAGAUGGCCCAGAUGGCCCAGAUGAUGGGCGGAGGAGGUCCCCCAGACGGUGGACAUCCUCCAGGAUCUACAGGAAGUUCGCAACCCGAGGAGGUUUCACAUGUCUCCCAUUCGUGAUGAUGUUCCUCCUGAGGUCCCCAGAGAUAGGUGACGCUUGAAGUGGACAGCCUCUAAUUAGAACUACCACUCGGCUCAUUUGGUCAGAAGUUGACCACCUAUGCUCUUAAAAUGCAAAUAAAACAGAACUUGGCAAUCAACCAAGAUAGAUCAAAAUAGCACGCUGUAAAGUUCCGAGAACAAAUAACUUUUGUAUCGUUUUAUACAUAUAUAUUCCACAAUCCAAAAACAAUUAAAAUAGAUUUGUGUGACGUCACAGAGUGUUGAUGUCGUCACAGACGGCAUCCUCUAUGACGUAACACAUAAAAGUACAACUCACUUUCUGAUUUCUGAGUGACUUCAUUUGUACUGUUUUUAAUUUAUGAUAAUUGUAAUUGUUAUUCAUGUACACGUUCGUACAUUUUAUUCGCUGUUUUUAAGUGUAAUUUCGAAACGAUAUCGCCAAUCACUUCCUAUAUAUUGAAGUAUUUUAUUUGAGAGGACGAAGUAUAUCACAGCAAUGCAAUCAGUAUGCAAUUAUGUAGAAUAUCAGAUAAAUAGUUGAUAGUAAUUACAUGUACAUCGGUCUGCAGAUAGUGAGGUUUUGCAAAUCUUACUGAUUAAUGACUGUUAGUUCCAAAGAAACCUAUGUUUUAUUUUGCGGAAGGUUGUAUCCAGUGUCAUACCUGAAGGAUGGACAGUGUAUGCAUGUAAGCAAAUUCGUAACGGUUCGGAGAUUUCGUGGAAUUGAAUUCAAAAUUCGGUGCAUCCUCAAGCGCCCCUCAAACAAACGAUUUAAAUCGUCGUGACCUGCGCUUUAAAUCGCGUGCGAUAUUAAUCGCUCGUUUUUGCGGUGCUCAUGAUCAUCGUAGUUCGCAAUACCAGAGGUACAAUCAAGCUCAUAUCAAUAUCAAUUCCUACUUAUCUCGCAAACAAAUGAACCGAAUAAAUUAGUUUUUUUAGCAUAUUCUCAGAGAUUUUGUUGAAAUUACAACAAUCUGUUUAAUUAACUUUAAUGCAUUUUCACUACAUCGGUUGAAUAUACAUUGAAAGUCUCAAUGAAUUUGUUGAUAA